AGUAACCAUCAUUCAGUCAGCUCAGGUGUAGAGGAUCCAGCAGGUGUUGUCGGAAUGGCUGAAAACUGAGCAGGGACCUUUGCUUGAUGAAGGGAACUCUAUAAGAGGAUUUAGAGGAAAAAGAGAGAAAAGACAUAAUUCUCUGGUGACUAAACUCAUACUGGAAAUAAACUUGCUGGUGACCUGGAGUAAAACAUGCAGGGGUGCGAGGUGAGUACCAGGCUGCGCUACAGGCUGACUCUGGCCUCGGGGAUGCUGGAGUGUCUCUGCUUUGCCGGUGUGGUGUUUGGUUUUGCCUCUCUGAUGUUUGUGCUGAAGGAGGAUGGCUACUUCAGUUAUCUGUGUGCCACUGUCCCAGGUACCAAUGGCACUCUCACCAUUACAGACUGUAGUGGACAGGAUGAGCAGUUCUCUCUGGUCUUCACCAUCACCUCGUUCCUCAACAACUUCCUGUGUCUAGUCAAUGGCUACCUAUUCGAUCGAUUUGGCACCUUGGUGACGAGGCUGGUGGCAAUAUGUUUGUACACGACUGGAACUCUUCUUGUGGCCUUCUCCAGUGCAGCAUUAUCAGAGCUGCUUUUUCCCGCCUUGUCCUGCGUUGCCGUGGGAGGAAUUCUGCUCCUUCUAACUAACAUGCAGGUUGCCAACCUGUUUGCUGCUCAUCGCUCCACCGUCAUCACCCUCUACAACGGUGCCUUUGACUCCUCUGCUGCUGUGUUUUUCCUCAUCAAGGUUCUGCAUGAACAGGGAGUCUCUCUCCGCUCCUCCUUCCUUGUUUUAUCCUCCUGUAGCAUUAUUCACCUGUUGAGGACCUUGCUGCUGAUGCCCAGAACUCACAUCCCUUACCCUCUGCCUCAAUACUACACCUACGGACUAGAUUGCGGACAGGCCAACACUUACAAUCUCGAGCAGUUUGAGAGGAUGAGGAACGGUGGGAUGACAGAAUCACAGGAGACCAGUGGGAAGGACGUGUCGCAAGCACCUGAGGAAGGGACUGACGCUCAAGACUCAAAAACUGUGGAGAGUUUCCGGAGCUGCGUGCUGUCCUGGUUCUUCCUGUGGCACAUGAUGUGGCUGUCCAUAAUGCAGUUGAGGCACUACCUCUUUAUUGGCACGCUCAACCCCAUGCUCAACCGACUGGCUGACAAUGAUCCCAACCUGGUGAGCCAGUAUACCAAUGCUUUCGCCAUGACCCAGCUGUGUGGAGUGCUAUGUGCUCCCUGGAACGGGCUCCUCAUGGACAGACACAAGGGGAAGCCUCUGGCUCCUGGAGAAACUGAGCAGGAGGUGGACCUGCGCUCCUCCUCUCUGUCUCUGUUCCUGACCUCGCUGCAGUGCCUGCUGUUCUCUGUGUGCGCAUCCGUUCCUUUCCUCCCGCUGCAGUACCUCACCUUUAUUCUACAAGUCCUCAACCGCUCCUUCCUCUAUGGAGGAAAUGCAGCCUUCAUUAGCAUGGCUUUUCCAGCCUGUCACUUUGGGAAACUGUACGGCCUGGUGAUGUCCGUGUCUGCUGUUAUCUCUCUGCUGCAGUACCCCUGCUUCGCUCUGGUUAAAGGAGCUCUGGGUGGAGACCCCUUCUUUAUGGACAUUGCUCUGACUCUUGUCACUCUGCUGGCAUUCAUCCAUCCUGUCUACGUCUACAUCUACUGCAAGAAAGUAGCUCAUCACAGAAAGGACAACACGCAAACUGAGACUGUCCGCUGGAUGCAGCACCGCUGAGUGGUGGUUAGAAAGGACACCCCCCAUGGAAAAUGACGCCGAUCUUCUUCUUCUUCUUCGACACUAGGUGCAAUGCCGCCACCUUCUGAAUUGGAGUUAGUAUCAGAAGAAAUUUUACUCUACUCUAAUGAUGAUGAUGUUUUAUCAGACACAUGUGACCAAGCCUCACCCUUUACAUAAUGUCCUAUUCCUGUCUAUUACCUAUCUACAACCCAUUGCUUCCUCUCACCUCACCUCACCUCUCUCUACUCUCUUAUGAAGACAGUAUCAGUAUCAGAGUAUUAUUUCCUCUGCCUCACUCUUCCUAGCCUUUCUUACUCAUUUCUGAUUUGAUUAUACUUUUAACCUCAACCUUGCUUUAUUUUGAAACCAUCAUUUUCUUGUUGCUCCUUGUGCAUAUUUAUCUGCCAGCUCAUUUCCAUCCACACCAUUGUGUGCACGGAUCCACAUGAAUUUUAUUUCUAUAUCAUUUAAAUCUUCAUCCUUGGGUACACACCAGAUUACUUUUGUUCC